ACGGACUUAAGCCACUUACGAUGUGGCCACGUGUACAUUCCUUUCGUCCAAUUACCCGCAGCGCGAACCGGUCAGCAACGGAUCUUUGUUUCUUUAGUUUUUGGCUUUCUUCUCUCUCUCUUCACGCAAAAAAGAAAAAAAAAAUUCAAUACCGCCAUUUCUCUUAUAGUUUUUUCCUGAAUUCUUCGUUUUAACAAAGAUUUAAUUAAUAAAAAAAAAUUAGAGGGACGAAAGGACCGCUGAUUUUCUGUGAUUUUAUUGUUCUUCUUUUUUUUUUUCCAUUUUGCAUUGUUUUAUCGAGAAAUCGAAAUUGUUUUAGCUCGCUAUGUCGAAUCGCCAUCUGCUAAAUUCAAGAAUUUCCUUCAAUUUUCUCGUCUGGUGGAUCUUGUUUGGCUGUUUUCCAGGAUUAAUUUCAUCGUUUGAGGUUACAUUGGAUUCAAUUGAAAUAUUCCGCACGCAUGAUUGGAUUUCAAAACCGACUGUUUAUUUCGAAUGUAAAGGAGAGAACACCACGUUGUUACCCGAUGUAACCAAAAUCAACGUCGUUUAUUCGUUCAAGGGCCAAGAAUCUUGGCAGCCCCUGACACAAUUGGAUGGCAAGAAGUGCAAGCGAUGUGGAUUCUACGAGAAGGACGUCACUAAAACAGAUGAUCUAUACGCGGAGUGGGAGUUUUGUGCUACCGACUUUGAACCUCCGGCUGGGAAAUAUAUAUUGUUUAAAGAGAAUCAACUCAAUGUUACUUUCCACUGUCAAGAAUGCGCAUCUCUUCCGGGGGCUUCCAAUGCAACCCCUGAAAAGCGUGACAUUGAGGAUGAUGACGAUGAUGAUGGGAAAGGAUUACGUAUUUUUAUUAUUUUAGUGAUUACUGCGGUUGUUUCAACUGUAACAGUAAUUGGACUGGUGAUGGCAAAUAAACACUGGCAAAAAAAGAAGCGGCAACAGGAUCAAGCUCGGUUCUUGAAGCUAUUCGAAGAAGGAGAUGAUAUCGAGGAUGAACUAGGCCUUGGUACUGUAAUAUGAAUGAAAUAACCUUGUUGCCUCCUGUAUAGUAAGUUGACCUUACAUAAAUUUUGCUUCUUGUGGGAGGAAAAAAGAAAUCGGCACUUGUUUUGUGCAAGAUUUGAUAUACAUUUGAACAACUCUGUAAUACUAAAGUGGCUACAGAUAUGUGUAUAGAUGAGCUUUGUGGCCUUAUUGGCACAUCUAUUAGUUAAAAUAGUAUCUAGGUUCCAAGUCUUGUAAUGAAGAAAGAUGCUUUUUGCUUUUAA